GUCCUGACUUUAGCAAAAUUACUUUCCGUACAAGGAAACCUGUCAAAACUAGAAUCCUUUGGUAGUCAACAUCACCGUCCCAAGACCAUUGUUAAAUCUUCCCUUCAUAUUCUCGUUUUUAAGUUUCAGAGUUACUUUAAAGAUGUUGAUAUUCAAAUCCAAUGCCAUUCAGAGCAACACCCUCUCUCAGCUUCUUAAGUCUGGACUUGUUUUGCCUAAAAAAUUGAAGAUGGGUGACAACUUCACCAAAACAAUACUCGCUUUUGCCUUGCCCUGCUUGCUGCUGAUGAUUCAACCAGUACAAGGGGCUGCCAAAACCCCAACAUUACAGUAUGGCUCAUUUGAGAGGAGCAAUAACGCUCCUUCGACGCACCCUCCACCUGUUACUGACCCGACAAGGGGUUGCAAUGCCGAAAACCGUUGUCGCCAGUUUACUCUGAGUCUUGAAAACCGCAGAGGAACUCUAGUUGAAUCUGUUGGCAAUGUUACGAUGGCGGAAGGAACUUUGAACCACAGCGAGCCAAGUACCGAGGCCAUAGCUAUUGGGAUUGCCACUUGGUUUUCCAACAAGACGUCCAAAAGCAAUACAUAUGGCCGACUAAGCAUUUCGCUGGACCCAAUUUCCAAUGCUGCAGUGUCAUCACAAAUGUUACAGCUACAGGCUGUUUCUCGAGGCAUUGCUCGCAUGGGACUGCAAGUGUAUACAUCAAUGUCUACUGAAGAUAACUCCAACACACCUCCGGCAGAUGGAAAAAUUGAAAUAAAAGUUAAUUCAACAUCGAACAUGGUGGACUUCAGGUUCUUCACUAGCCUUGAAAUCAGUCUCGGGGAAGCUGAUAUUAUACACGUCUUGGAAUCUGCUAAAACUGUUUUACAGUCCACUCGACACUGAAGCUUAGUUUAGCAUUGCUGUUGCUGUUGGGAAAAAUGUGUUGCGAGAGAAACCACUGAAAAACUAUUGCACUUUCUUGAAGUUGCGACGUCAGUCUAUUGUUUUUGAAGUCACGACACUGCAUUAUUGAAGCCGUGACGCCUAGCAUCUGCCGUUGAUGUCGGGAUGUGAGCCUUCCAUGGAUGCGAUGCCAACUCGAUGAACUUUGGAAAUUUUGCAUUUUGGUUCUCAAAUGGUCUCAGGUUAAGGAAAGAGUUUUUAUAAGCUCAUAUAAACUCAUAUUAGAUUAUAUAAUGGGUUAUAAGGAUGAAAUGAUCUUAUUAGUUGGUACAAAUUGCGGACUUGGUUGAAAUCUCAAGAUCCGACAAUUGCUUCAAGUAUAGAGUAUUGCAUUGUCCUUAUCUGGUUGGGUUAUUACCAUGUGUAUGAGCUUCAAUGUUUUUAAUUAGAGAGGUUAUUGUUACUCUUAUUAUUUGAUAAUGAACAUAUUUUCAAAUUAUUGUUUUUUCUCUAAA